AUGGCAUCCAAAUUCGAUGACCUCCGUCAAGCUCUGCCCUGUACAGAGAUAUACGUCCCUGGUGAAUCUGGUUAUGAGGACAGUUUGAAGCGAUGGAGCGCAUCAUGCGUCAAACCGGCUGCCAUUGUCGUUAGACCUACCACUGCGGCAGAAGUGAGCGUGGCUCUUCGUUACGCGACAAAGCACAGCGUACUUCCACUUGCCAUUUGUGGCGGUGGACAUUCCACAAGCGGAGAUUCGGCUUCUGAUGGCGGCAUGGUUAUUGAUCUAUUUCAAAUGCGCUCUCACUCUGUUGAUAUAGCUAAACAAACGAUCUCUUUUGGUGGUGGAUGUACCUGGGAGGAUGUCAAUGGGGCUUUGUGGGAACAUGGUCUCGGCACUGUCAGUGGAGUCGUUGGCGAUACAGGUGUUGGUGGGCUCAUCUUGGGCGGUGGCUACGGGUAUCUGACUGGCCGCCGGGGCCUAGCGCUAGAUUGUCUCUUGGCUUGCGAGGUGGUACUUGCUAAUGGAGAUGUAGUCACCGCCAGCAAGGAUGAGAAUGCCGAUUUAUUCUGGGCAUUGCGCGGUGCAGGGCCCAACUUUGGUAUUGUUACAAGCUUUACUUCUCAAGCUUACCCUCAGGGCGAUUGCUGGGCUGGUUUCCUCGCCUAUCCACCCGAGAAACUAACUGAACUGAUCGAGUUUGGCAAUCUAUUUAUGAAAACCACCGAUGGAAAUUCCAUGCUCUCAAUCAUUGUCGGCAGCUUCAUCCCACCUGAUCGGGGCUCUGGUCUCCUCGCCGUGGUGUUUUACAACGGGACCAAAGAAGAAGGGCAAGAGUUUUUCAAGCCUCUAUACGACCUCGAACCACUAGGAGACACUACCGCCACUCUACCUUACACAGAGGUCAAUCUCAUGUUCAACAAACACCCUCGAACUCCGAAGGACCGACAUCUCUUCGGUGGCGCAAACUUCACCCUGCCACUAGACGUCACCCACGGACUGGAAAUCGCCGAACACUUUUGGAGGACCACUAGGUUACCAGAAAACGAGGCUUUGAAAGGCAGCACCAUGACAUUCGAGUAUCACCCUACUAAACAGAUUAGCCAGGUUGCCGUUGAAGACACUGCAUUCGGCAAUCGAGGCCAGUUCUCAUCUAUCUGCAUUACGAUGAACUGGACAGAUGAAACCAGGGAUGUGGAUGCACGCUCACUCUCAAGGUUCUUUUCCCAGUAUAUUUCUUCUAAGACUGGUUUCAAGGGUGAUAAGUAUAGUGAUGGUACGAGCAGCUACGUGAAUUAUUUUAGCAGCAAAAUCAAGGCCGAGAAGGUGUUUGGCCCGAACACCGCACGUUUGAGGGAGUUGAAGCAAAAAUAUGACCCUACGUGCGUAUUUAGGAAGGUUUUGGACCUGUCACCUGGUGUUAAUGACCAUUGUGGUACAUAA